GAGGGGCAGGCUGACGGGGGCGUGGGAGCCGCUCGGGCGCCGCCUGCGCGCUAAGUGCCGCUCGGGCGGGGGAGACCCGGGGCGGCCGCCCCCGGGCAGCUGUUGCCUCGCUCGCGGGAGGCGCCUCGGAUCUGAGGGAGCCGGACGCGGUGACAGGCCGCGGGGGGGGGGGGGGGGGCGCCGGUGUCCCCGGCACGUGGGGCGGCCGCCAGCGCCCCGACACCAGGUAACCCGGCUCCCGCCCGAGGGAUCGGCCCCGGAGACACGCUAGCGAGGCGGCGCGAGUGCAGACGCCGCGGCUGAGGAGGGCUCCUCGGUCGGGAGAGGCCGAUAGGGCCGCGGUGCUGGGGAGGCGCGGCGGAGCUCCCUGCCGGCGGCGAGCCUCCCUCCAAUGUCGCCGUUCGUUGAAGAUUUUUGUCGUGUUUUGUUUUGUUUUGUUUUGGCACCAUGAACUUUUCUGAGUAUGACUUGAAAUACACGGUGAAUAUCGAGGCUGGAGAAGGAGGGUCAGCCCUACGCAACCUCUCUUGCAUCACUUCGUGGCUGUUCGUAGGUGCGCUGGGUUCUUCACCCCCUUUUGGACGGCGAUCUGCCAAGGUUUCAGGCGCUGCCCUUGAAGAUCUCAGAGAGGCCUUUAAAGUAAGACUGCAAAUGGUGUGUGUAUUUAUCAUGAACCGGAUGAACUCCCAGAGCAGUGGUUUCACUCAGCGCAGGCGGAUGGCUCUUGGGAUCGUCAUUCUCCUACUUGUUGAUGUGAUAUGGGUCGCAUCCUCAGAACUUACUUCGUAUGUUUUUACUCAGUACAACAAGCCAUUCUUCAGCACCUUUGCAAAAACAUCUAUGUUUGUUCUAUACCUUUUGGGCUUUAUUAUUUGGAAGCCAUGGAGACAACAGUGUACAAGAGGAUUUCGAGGAAAGCAUGCUGCUUUUUUUGCAGAUGCUGAAGGAUACUUUGCUGCUUGCACAACAGAUACGACUAUGAAUAGUUCUUUGAGUGAACCUCUGUAUGUUCCUGUGAAAUUUCAUGAUAUUCCAAGUGAAAAACCUGAGAACACAAACAUUGAUGCUGAAAAAACUCCCAAAAAGUCUCGUGUAAGGUUCAGUAAUAUCAUGGAGAUUCGGCAGCUUCCAUCAAGCCAUGCAUUGGAAGCUAAGUUGUCUCGCAUGUCAUAUCCUACUGUGAAAGAACAAGAAUCCUUACUCAAAACUGUGGGGAAACUUACUACAACUCAAGUAGCAAAAAUUAGCUUUUUUUUUUGCUUUGUGUGGUUUCUGGCAAAUUUGUCAUAUCAAGAAGCACUUUCAGACACACAGGUUGCUAUAGUUAAUAUUUUAUCCUCAACUUCUGGACUUUUUACCUUAAUUCUUGCUGCAGUGUUUCCAAGUAAUAGUGGAGAUAGAUUUACUCUUUCUAAACUAUUAGCUGUAAUUUUAAGUUUUGGGUUUUACUUCUGUUUCUGGAAGUCAAACAUGCAGUCUUCUCUGAUUGACUCAGCCUCAAGUGAUACUUCAGUUAUUUUCUGUAUAAAUCAGUUGGCAACUUUGCAUUACCGUAUUACAUCAGUAUUGUCAAUAACUGUAUUUAAGUCUUUUAUUUUUAUGUACUUUUGUGUGUGUUUGUCUUGUCUUUUCCAUGGUUUAUAAACCUUUAAAGGCCAGAGCCCUUUUUUGAUAGUUAUUUGUGCCACCAACAUUCUAGCCUAGGGCUUUGCUUACCAGCAGUACUCAAAAAAGAUGUGUUGGUUUGAUAAAGCUGUUGUUUUUACUGAAAAGAAGGCAGAAUCAGAGAAGGUAAUAGAAUGAUUUAAUAGAGUAAUGUUUAACUGUCAGAUCUGGGUUUGAAUCAGGGCUUUUGUUCUUUGUUUCUGUCAGGUCCCUUAAACUCUCUGAGAGUUUCUUAAUGAGAAAAUGAUUAUAAUAUCUACUUUCCAGCCUCGUUUUAACAUUUGGUGGAAAUGUAUAUAAAAAAUGAUUAUCGUGGGGACUAAGGUGUACUUGGCAAAAAGCUAAAAAGUCUUACUUCAAUCGAGAGACAAAAAAAAGUGUACCCUCCAUGUAAACUACCUGGAAUUUAAUCCUGCUUCCAUAUUACUAGUUUUGCUAUUUGGAGCAAGUUUCUUGUCUGUGUCACAGUUUCCUCACCUGUAAGUUGGGAAUACUAGUAAGAUUUGUCUCAAAGGAUUCUUAUGAGGAUUAAAUGAGUUAAAACUUCUAAACCGCUUGUUAACAGUGUCUGGUGUAUAGUAAGUGCUCAAUAUAUUUAGUCAUUGUGAUUAUUAUCUAAAUGGAAUUAAAACUUCUAAUUUCUAGUAUGCUAUGGGUGCUCAAUAAUUAACAAAAAAUUAUAAUAUUUGAGACAUUUGAAUACUUAACAUAAGGACUAAAUUUGACUGAUGCUGUAAUUCCAUUAAGGGAAAAAAAAUGUUUUUUUAAAUAUUCCUCUCCCAUGCCACUUAGGUUUUUGGAUCAGUAGAUGAAAGAAUUAGACUGGCUUUAAAAAAAAUUAGUACUAUUUUAUCUGCUUUAAAAGUAUGUACAAUUACAAGAUGCAUGGAGAUAGAAAGAUGAUAUAAGCUCUGUGAGAACAGGAACCAUAUCUGUUUUGUUUGCUGCUGUAACAUGGUACUUAGCUCAAUAAAUACAAAUUAAAAACUUUUUUUUCAAUAAAUAACAGUUGAAUGAAUGAUCUCUGAUUUCUCUACACUUUUAAUUCGGUCUUUUUUCACCAUUAAUUUAAUUAAUUUAAUCAUUUAAAUAUUUAAGGAGAGUUUUUUGCUAUUUUAGAUUUUACCAGUAGGCAAGAGUUAGUGCUGCUAGUGUGGAUAUACUAUAUGUAUAUCUUCAAAAAAAAGGUUUGGAAGAGGAAUGACAAGUUGGUUACUUCCUUAACUGAAAGGCAGUAGGUAGCAUAGGAGGUAAGAAUACUUACCUAGAAGCAGACUGGCUGAGUUCCAGUCCCAGCUAAGUGAUUUUGGUCAAGUUACUUUGUAUGUUUGUACAUUAGUAUAAAAUGGUAAUUUUAUAAAAUAGUAGUUUUAUACUAAACAGUACCUUUAUUUUGAGGUAAUUUGUACAUUUUGAAUUAAAUGAAUACAAGUAUAGCACUUACACUGUCCUGUUAAUAUUGUUAGAUAUUAUUAAUUAAAUCACUAAAUUCUUUGACAAAUAUAGUUUUACCCUACUUUGAGAGUAGUCUACAUCGCUUAUAAAUAAUUUUUAUCUUUAUUAUUAGCUCCUUUAAGGAAUU